CGAAGUCGUAACACAUUCACAUUAGCAUAUAUACACCUCGUACAUUUCAACCGUAAUCAAGCAUCCAUAAUGUCCUACUACCCAAAGGGCCACCACUUCAACCCAAACGACGAUGAAGACGUUGACGAUUUCGACGAGCAUGAUCCAACCCCAUACGGUGGUGGUUACGACAUGGCACUAACCUUUGGCCGCCCUCUUCCUCCAUCCGAUGAAAUAUGCUACCGCCCCUCCUCCUCCGCCUCCUCGGGUAGCUAUGGUUCCACCCGCCCUAGCUCUACGUCCGGUGGUGGGUCGGGUUAUGGGCGUAGGCAAGAGCAUGGGUCAGAGAUUGGGUCGGGUGGAUAUGGGUCGGAGUAUGGGUCGGGUCACCCACGAAGGAAUGAGACGGAUGAGUAUGGAUCCGGGUAUGGUAGUGGAAGGAAAACCUAUGGGCAGAAUGAUGAUGAUGAUGGUAAUAGGAGGCCUACAUAUGGCGGACGAAAUGAUGAUGAUGAUAAUAAUAAUAGGUAUGGAAGACGGAAUGAUGAUGAUGAUGAUGGUAGUCGGAGGAAUACUUAUGGCAGGCGGAAUGAUGACGAUAAUGAUAACGAUGAUGACCGGAGGGGUAGGUAUGGUAGGCGUAAUAAUGAUGACGAUGAUGAUCCGAAGCCUAGAUAUGGUAGGCGUAAUGAUGAUGAUGAUAAUGAUGGUUACCGUGGUCGCAAGAACUAUGGGGAUGAUGAUGACGACGACAGGAGGAGGAAUCGGUAAUAACAACGCAAACACUACGAUGAAUGAGCAUCCACAUGAUUUCAUAGAGAUUUUCAUGUAGGAGUCGCUAAAUACUAAAUAACAACCUUAACAUUGGUGCGAGUUUGAUCAUCAAUGUCAAGUUGGUUUUCGUGUUCUUCAAUAUCAAUAUUAAUUGCAUAAAAACCAUGCAUGAUGCAUUCUUUUUGUUUUAAUGUUUGCUUGUUUGUUUAAUAAAACUAUCAACUUUAUGCA